AUGGCAUUUCUCUUAUUGAAGGGCAUUCCGAGUCUUGCUGGUCAAAAUCAGGCGCCUCAAGCUGAUCCAGAUGAUUUCGUUGAUCGUCUUAAUUAUCGUUAUACAGUUAUUCUUCUCAACGUGUUCUCCGCCAUUGUUACUAACCGACAAUUUAGUUCCAAACAAAUUCAAUGUUGGGUUCCAGCUCUGUUUACAUCCGGUUAUGAAGAUUACACGAAUCAUAUAUGUUAUAUUACCAAUACUUAUUAUGUAAAUCAAACACAGAAAAUUCCCCGAACAGGUCCCGAACGACAAAGUUUACAGUUACUCUACUACCAAUGGAUACCGUUUAUUCUAUGUUUUCUUAGCAUUCUCUUCUACAUUCCAAAUCUGAUUUGGCAAUCGUUAAUGACUCGGAGUGGUCUGGAUCUGAAAGAUAUCAUCGAGGCGGGAAAAAGUUAUAAAUCCAUCGAUCGAAUGGACAAACGACGCAAAAUUAUGGAUUAUAUCAUCGCGUCAAUCGAUGAAUUUAUCGACGAUCCUCGUCGUGGAAGAGAAAAUCGAAAUUUGAGUAUCUUAAAACGUAUACAAGCUGUUUUCUGUUGUAUGUACGGUAAAUUUCAAGGCAAUUAUUUUAUGAUGGUUUACCUAUUAACAAAAGUACUCUAUGUCAUUAAUUCAAUUGGCCAAUUAGCAUUAUUUAAUGAAAUGCUUGGAAUUAAGUAUUAUCGUUACGGCUUAGAACUAGUCCAAAAACUGAUUUUACUCAUACAAAAUGAACCGUUGCAACAAUCCUAUCGACAGCAAGGUGGCCUUUCGAAAUAUUUCCCAAAAGUGACACUGUGCGAUUUCGAAGUGCGAGAACCUAAUCAUCUACACAAUUCCCAUCGUUACACCGUCGAAUGUGUCUUACCAAAUAAUCUCCUAUUCGAACAAUUGUUUACGUUUUUAUUUUUUUGGUAUACAAUGAUUGUUAUUUUAAACUUAAUUUCCUUAUUUACAUGGUCAUAUUCAUUCAUUCGUCCUGUACGAAUCAAAUAUGUAACCACACGAUUAAAAUUAAUCCUAAUACGGCAUUUAAGAAAAUCUCUGACGAACACCGAAGAACAAGGACGACCCUCCCAAACGCUGAAUGAUGAUUCACUUCUACAUCGCGAUGAUUCACAUUCAGAUUUUGCACGAAACUAUCUAAAAUGUGAUGGCAUUUUCGUUUUACGUUUACUAGAAACGAACACAUCCGACUUCGUUGUUACACAUGUCAUCGAAGAAUUAUUCAACUCAUACGAACAAAAAGCCAAGCAACCUGUCGUUCUCGAAGGUUUAGCCAAAAUGAUGUCAACUUUAGGUCCUGACCAGGGCCUACUAAGUUUAGGCAAAUUACUUUUUCUACCUGUGAUGUCCGAUCCAAAAAUUGCAGCUAGUUUUGGUGGUGGAUUUUCAGCAACUGAUAACACUAAUACAAUGCUUCUACCUAGUCUAGCUGCAACUGCAGAUGAUUCGCUGCAAAAUGCGCCGAAAUUACUUGUAGCGCCAACGCCUACUCGUCGACGUUCAUUAAUGACUUCGUCAGGGCCUCAACGCUCACCGACUGGAUCUAUUGUUGAACAAGUCGACACAGCAACACGAAGUUCUUUUCUCCCAAUGCCUCCGCCUCCGCCUCCAACAAAACCAAGUGUAGAUGAAAUUACUGAAAUCUUACGUGAACGUCGACAAAAGAUUAAAAGGAAAAAAUGA